CGGGACUUCCGGGGAGAGAUAGGGAAGUGACGUUGAUUACAGGAAGUAAAGGGUUCGAGUUUUGCCGGGAAAAGAGAGGAGACGCACAUUGAGCUUCUUCAACAGCACGUGUGGACACGUCCUGCUCAGGUGAGUGAACUGGCAGCUUCCUGUGGCAGGUCCCGACUUCUCAGAUGUCCAUAAGCUCAUUAUUUAUUAUCAAACACACUGACUGGACAAAGACGCAAAUCAGUUGCUCUGGAUGAGGUCCGAGAUGGAAAUAAGGAAACGGAAAACAACAAAAGUAGGUCAUUGUAUGGAGUUUAUCCUUACAAGUCCAGCAUGAUUAGCUUGGAGAACCUUGGAGACCCAUCGGCUAACUGGGACAUAGUGGAGACCAUCGGUAAAGGCACGUAUGGGAAAGUCUACAGAGUGACCAACAAGAAGGAUGGAAGUCAGGCGGCAGUCAAAGUGCUGGACCCCAUCAAUCAUACAAGGCACUCCAACAGAGAUGUGGAUGAGGAGAUAGAGGCAGAAUACAACAUCUUCAGGUCUCUGUCCAACCAUCCCAAUGUGGUGAAGUUUUACGGCAUGUUUUACAAGUCUGAAAAUGUAUCAGGCGGACAACUUUGGCUGGUGCUAGAGCUGUGCAAUGGCGGUUCUGUCACAGAGCUCAUCAAAGGGCUGCUGAUGCGAGGCCAACGUCUGCAGGAGCCUGUGAUCGCAUAUAUUUUGUACAGCGCUCUCCUGGGUCUGCAGCACUUGCACAACAACCGGAUUAUCCAUCGCGAUGUCAAAGGCAACAACAUCCUCUUGACGACUGAGGGAGGAGUCAAACUGGUUGACUUUGGGGUUUCCGCCCAACUGACCAGUGCACGACUGCGAAGGAACACAUCUGUCGGCACCCCGUUUUGGAUGGCUCCCGAGGUCAUAGCCUGUGAACAGCAAUAUGACUACUCCUAUGAUGCCCGUUGUGAUGUCUGGUCUCUUGGCAUCACUGCCAUUGAGCUGGCUGAUGGAGAUCCUCCAUUGGCUGAGUUGCACCCUGUGAAAGCCCUCUUCAAGAUCCCACGAAAUCCUUCCCCGACACUGAGAAGUCCGGAGCAGUGGUGCAGAAGUUUCAGUCAUUUCAUUGGCCAGUGUCUGAUCAAGGAUUUCGAGGCACGUCCGUCCGUGACUCACCUUCUGGAGCAUCCCUUCGUCAAGCAGGCCCAUGGCAAAGACGUGGCCCUCCGACAUCAAUUGGCGGCUCUCGUUAAGGAGCAGCAAGAACUUGGCUGCGCAGCAAAAACCAAGCACGACCGGAUCAAUACUCGUAAAACCCUCGUCAUAGAGAGCUGUCCAGAUGAUGAUCUGGUCAACCUGGAGUUCUUAGACGAGGAAACCAUUAUUAGCCUUCUUCACAAGAGGUAUGAUGAGCUGCAAGUGUACACCUAUGUGGGAGACAUCCUCAUCGCCCUCAAUCCUUUCCAGAAUCUCAGUAUCUACUCACCACAGUUUUCUAAGCUAUACCACGGCGUGAAGCGGGCUGACAACCCUCCACACAUCUUUGCCACAGCGGAUGCAGCCUACCAAAGCAUGGUGACUUUCUGCAAAGAUCAGUGUAUCAUCAUCAGUGGAGAGAGUGGUGCUGGGAAAACUGAGAGCGCUCAUCUGAUUGUUCAACAUCUAACCUUCUUAGGAAAGGCAAACAACAGGACCUUGCGUGAGAAGAUCCUGCAGGUGAACCCUCUUGUCGAGGCCUUUGGAAACGCUUGUACGGCCAUCAAUGACAACUCCAGCCGCUUUGGGAAGUACCUGGAGAUGAAGUUCACGCCCGCUGGAGCUGUCAUUGGUGCCAAGAUGUCCGAGUACCUGCUGGAGAAGUCAAGGGUCAUCAAACAGGCGACCGGGGAGAAGAACUUCCACAUCUUUUACUACAUAUAUGCAGGACUUUACCACCAAGAUAAGCUGAAGACGUACAGAUUACCAGACAGGACCGCUCCCAGCUACAUUGACAGUCCACACUGCAAAGUGAUGCAAGACAUUAUCACAAGCAAACUGUACAAGGAGCAGUUUGAAGUAAUCCAGGAAUGCUUCCGGAACAUCGGCUUCACUGAGGAGGAGGUUAACUCCGUUUACAGGAUUCUGUCGGCCAUAUUGAACAUUGGCAAUAUUGAAUUUGCCGCCAUCACGUCCCAACACCAGACUGAUAAGAGCGAAGUGCCUAAUUCAGAGGCUUUGGAGAAUGCUGCUUCCCUCCUCUGCAUCGGACCCGAGGAGCUCCAGGAGGCGCUGACCUCCCAGUGCGUGGUCACCAGGGGCGAGACCAUCAUCUGCACCAACACCGUGGACAAAGCCGUGGACGUGCGGGACGCCAUGUCCAAAGCACUGUACGGCCGACUGUUCAGCUGGAUUGUCAACCGCAUCAACACGUUGCUGCAGCCUGACGUGAACAUCUGCGCCGCAGAGAGCAGCAUGAACGUGGGAAUCCUGGACAUCUUUGGCUUCGAAAACUUCAAGAAGAACUCCUUUGAACAAUUGUGCAUCAACAUUGCAAAUGAGCAGAUCCAGUUUUACUUCAACCAGCAUAUUUUUGCACUGGAACAGAUGGAAUACCAGAGCGAGGGAGUGGAUGCCAGCCUGGUGGAGUACGAGGACAACAGGCCCAUCCUGGACAUGUUCCUGCAGAAGCCCAUGGGCCUGCUGUCCCUGCUGGACGAGGAGAGCCGCUUCCCGCAGGCCACGGACCACACGUUAGUGGACAAGUUUGAAGACAAUCUCCGCUGCAAAUACUUUUGGAUACCAAAACGAUUCGAGCUCUCGUUUGGGAUUUUACACUUUGCGGGAAAGGUGAUGUACUGUGUGGCUGGCUUCCUGGAGAAGAAUAGAGACACCCUCCCUGCAGACAUCGUGGUCGUGCUGAGAACAUCCGAGAACAAACUUCUGCAGCAGCUCUUUUCCAGCCCUUUAACUAAAAUAGGAAAUCUAGCCACGGCCCGAGCCCGGGUGAACGCCGCAUCUCGAUCUCUGCCGCCGCAGCUCAGUUCAGGACGCAGCAAGUCUCCCAAAUACCUCUUAAAGGUGGACACCAUGGAGAUGAUGCGUCACCCUGAGGAAACCACCAGCAUGAGGAGACAGACGGUUGCCUCGUAUUUCCGUUACUCGCUGAUGGACUUACUGUCCAAGAUGGUGGUGGGUCAGCCUCACUUUGUACGCUGCAUCAAGCCCAACGACGACAGGAAGGCGCUUAGCUUCUGCAAGGAGAGGGUGAUGGUGCAGCUGCGCUACACGGGCAUUCUAGAGACCGUCAACAUCCGCCGCCAGGGCUACUCCCACCGCAUUCGCUUUGAAGAGUUCGUCAACAGGUACUACUACCUUGCAUUUCGAGCUCACCAGAUGCCAGAGCCCAGCAAAGAGAAUGCUUCUGCCAUACUUGAGCGAGCCAAACUGGAAGACUGGGUGCUGGGUAAGACGAAGGUGUUCCUGAAGUACUACCAUGUCGAGCAGCUGAACCUGCUGCUUCGAGAAGUGAUAGCUCAGGUGGUGGUGAUGCAAGCCUACACCAAAGGCUGGCUGGGGGCACGACGUUACCGGAAAGAGAAGGAGAAGAGGAACCGAUGUGCUACCGUCAUUCAGUCAGCCUGGAAGGGCUACAUCGCUCGGCAGAGCCUGAAGCACAUUAAGAAGGAGCGAGAGGAGUCGGCCGUCCGCAUCCAGUCAGCUUACAGAGGCCAUCGGGUGCGUCGGGACUGUGGACCUCAGAGGCACAGAUGUAACCCCGAGGCUGGAAGAAGGACCACCAUGGAGGACCAUAUGGGGUCUGAGAGCCCGAAGAGCAUGAAUAAGGCACAUAUCGGCCUCGACAGCCGAGAGAAAGGCGUGAAAGAGGCCGAGAGAGACAAAGACGGUGUGACGAAGCCUCGCAGGGAGACGGCCUGGCUGCGAGACGCGCCGUGCAAACAAGGUCCAGUGAUGAAGGUCCACCAGAGGACUCCUCGCCGGCGGGGCCAGCAACCCAAGCUGCUGAACAGCCCUGAAGACAGCCUGUACUACAACCAGCUAAACAGAACUCUGGAUUACCAAGGGAGCAAGAGGAAGCCCAGAAAACUUGGUCAAAUCAAAGUGCUGGAUGGAGAGGACGAGUACUACAAAUUACUUUCAAGGGCCGAGUCCAUCCCUGAAGAAGAGUACGAGAGCUCAGCCCCCCGCCCGCCCGUUCUAGGGGCUUCUCUUCUCGCCAGCCAGAGAUGAGCCUUAACGUCACGUCAGCCGAUUGCCUUCUUCACCAGCAAAGUUGACCUGAAAGAAAAAAAAAACAGUCAUCGUCCACACUCUACAUCUAUUGCACAUUUGUAUUUAUUUAUGGCAAAUUGCUGUUUUAUAUGACUUAGACUAAAUGUGGUGCUAUUAAGAUUUGGUUGUUAAUGUGCGUGUUUUCCUUCAAGUUUGGAAACAAGGAUGGGGACACCUGCUGUUUCUUUGAUGAGGUUUGUGCAAUAUGGCUUGUUUCACUUGCCACUGUCACACCUACAGAAAGGAUGUUUUGAGGGCACCGUGUAGUUGUGCUCGAUUCGGGACCGAAGGCAAAACAAUAUUUUGAAUCUUGGUUUGAAUUAUCGCUUGACCAAAUUUCAAAUGAUAAAUUAGAAUGCAGAAAAUCCAAGCUCAGAUAGGAAUAAUGAUGCUAUGCAUGUAUUCAUCCUCCUGACAUGAUCAACUCCCUGCUUGGCUUUGUAGUAUGCAGCAGGAAAACUUGCACCUGCGGAGGUGACCCUGUCCUGUCAGAAUUAAAGCAUAGACAUAAGACCGUAAAGGUUUUCAGCAAGUCGAUUGCCUCGGCGACCGGCCAUUGUGUUGGGGAAAUUCCACCAAACUAUUUCAAAGUGCUGCCCAGCCAACUCCGUCCCUCAGCUGGAGUCCCAUUAAAAUGUUUGGAAAUGCAAGAAGUUGACUUUAGUGCUGAACUGAGCAGCUCAAAGGGAAAAUAGCAUUUAUUUGGUUCCACUGCUGGUUGGGAAAGUCUGUGCAUAUAUCACAUAUACAGUGAGGCUGAUUGGAGGAACAUUUCAAAACCCAAUAUCUGUUUAAGAUUAUCAGCAAAUAAGGUUGAUCUAAUAGGGUUGCACGAUAUAGGCAAUACACGAUAUCAAUUUGGCUGACGAGAGAGAUUUUAAUAUUAUCUUUAUAUUGCGAUAAAGCAUGUUGAACAUACAUUCCAGCUGCGUACUGCAAAUUUGGCAGCGACACAAUGUAGCGUCCUCAAUGUAGCGUCCUCGCUAGCGAGCUCGCAGCUAAUGUCCCUCCACAGUGCAAAGCGACACACUAUAGAGCGAUAUCUGUCUAUUACCUGACCGCUUCUAUGUUAGCUACCUCUCUUUGUUUAGAAUGUCCAUUUUCUGCUGGAUCUACUCUCUAUUUUAUGCUGCAGCUGUUACAUAUACUGUAAUAUUGUACAUGGUCAUUGUAAUAUAUUGUAUAUAUGAUAUAAUAAUAUAAUUAGAGAUGUCCGAUAAUAUCGGCAUGCGUUAAAAUGUAAUAUUGGAAAUUAUCGGUAUUGUUUUUUUAUUUAUUAUCAGUAUCGUUUUUUUUAAUUAUUAUUAUUUAUUUUAUUUUUUUAUUAAAUUAACAUAAAAAACACAAGAUACACUUACAAUUAGUGCACCAACCCAAAAAACCUCCCUCCCCCAUUUACACUCAUUCACACUCAUUCACACAAAAGGGUUGUUUCUUUCUGUUAUUAAUAUUCUGGUUCCUACAUUAUAUAUCAAUUAAUAUCAAUACAGUCUGCAGGGAUACAGUCCGUAAGCACACAUGAUUGUGUGUGCUGCUGGUCCACUAAUCUUUAACAGUUAAUUUUAGUAUAUUUAGUUUAUUUAGUUUACUAAUUUUCAUUAAUUACUAGUUUCUAUGUAACUGUUUUGAUAUUGUUUUACUUUCUUUUUAUUCAAGAAAAUGUUUUUAAUUUAUUUAUCUUAUUUUAUUUUAUUAAUUUUUUUAAAAAGUACCUUAUCUUCACCAUACCUGGUUGUCCAAAUUAGGCAUAAUAAUGUGUUAAUUCCACGACUGCAUAUAUCGGUUGAUAUCGGUAUCGGUAAUUAAAGAGUUGGACAAUAUCGGAAUAUCGGAUAUCGACAAAAAUCCAUUAUCGGACAUCCCUAAAUAUAAUAUAAUAUAAUAUAUCAGUAUAUAUUAUAUACUGUAUAUAUAAUAUGUAAAUAUUACAUAUGUUAUAUUUUAUAUUGCUACUAUGGUACAUUUUUAGUCUACUUUAUACCUGCAUUACCCUUUCCAUCCUUUGUAAUUGAACUACUGUGUGGAGCAAUUUUCGUUGUGGAUCAUUAAAGUUUGUCUAAGUCUAAAGUUGCAUUUAUGUCAGCAUUAUUAUUUCAUGCUCUGUUUGUACACUGCUAGCCCAACAAAGUAUGUACUGUAGUUGUACCAACACGCAUGAAGUGCUGCAUAUAUCAUGAUCAAUAUGAAGUGCUAUUGACGUAAUAUAAUAUAUCUGUAUAUAUAUUAUUCUGUACACAUAUUAUGUAUAUAUUCGUAUAUAUGUUAGAUUUUUUAUCGCUAUAUUAGUCUAUUUAUACCUGCAUUGUCCUUUCCAUCCUUACACUUUCCAUCAUUGUAACUGCGCUACUGUGUUGAACAAUUUCCCUUGUGGAUCAUUAAAGUUUGUCUAAGUCUAAGUCUAAGUGGGACUAACUCGAUGGACCGUUGUCUCUUUGGGCCAGCUGGCCAGGGACAUUUUUUCUGGUUUAUUUGGGGUAAGCACGCCAUUUAUGUCAAAGUAGCUUGUCUCCAAAUUCCACAUUUGCCGCUUUGAGCGGCUUUCACUUCACUCUACCGGUUCUGUUUGCUCUAACAUUACACUUUUCAUGAGUUGAACUCAAAGAUCUAAAACUUUUACUAUAUACACAGACCUAGUCCUCUCAAAUAUUGUUCACAAAUCUGUCUAAAUCUGUGUUAGUGAGCAUUUCUUCUUUGCCAAGAUAAUCCAUCCCAACUCAUAGGUGUGGCAUAUCAAGAUGCUGAUUAAACAGCAUGAUUAUUGCUCACUUGUGCCUCAGGCUGCCCACAAUAAAAGGCCACUCUGAAAUGUGCAGUUUUAUCACACAGCACAAUGCAACAGACGACGCAAGUUUUGAGGGAGCGUGCAGUUGGCAUGCUGACU